AUGAGCCCCUCGAGGUCGCUGCGCAAUGCUUCGUCUGUUGCGGCUGCGACGAAUCAAUUUGAAGCCGAUGGUGCUCCACCUCCGAAGCCCGUCGAGAAGCCAAGGCCGAUCAACAUGUCGAACGCGUUUAGGGACGCGCUCAGCGCGCCGAAGAUGGAACAGGUGAAAAAGAGGCCGAAGCGCAUCGUCAAGCCCACGGAGUCCACUGGCAGUCAACGAAGAAGCUCCGCCGCGCGAAAAGCAAACAAGCCCAUCAAAGUUGGAGAU